AUGUUAAUGUUAAGCGGCAUUGUGACAGCAGGUAUUGUCUUUUAUUUUUGAAAAUCAAUUUGGUAUAAAAUUCCUAAAUUUCUAUCUUGCCAAUUUUAUCCGAACAGUCGUUGAAAUAUCAAUGGGUUUAAUUGAUUGCUGCGAACAAGAUUUUGGAACAAAGUCGCUUUAUGGUGUUCUUGGAGUAGAAAAGACUGUCACAACUAAAGAAUUGCAACAGGCGUACAGGAAAGCUUCCCUUUUUCUCUUGCCUGCCCAGGCUCCUGCACACAGACUGGCAGAAUUCUGUCGUAAAUUUGAAAUUUUGUCAAAAGUACAUUACAUUUUGUCUGAUAAAAAGAAACGACAAAUUUAUGAUGAAACAGGUGUUGUUGAUAACAUAUGUGCAAAUUUUUGGACUAGAUAUUGGCGAAAAUUAUUUCCACAUAUAGUUCCUGAAGACAUUGAGGAUUUUAAAGAAAGAUAUAAAAAAAGCAUCAUGGUUCAAGAUUGCAUUCGAAGGCAUUGGUACAUCUACAUAUUGCUGAGCAAAGAUUCUGAAGAGGAAAAAGAGGACCUUAGGAUUGCCUAUCUGCGAGUCAAAGGAAAUAUGGACAGAUUUGCUGAGAUAUAUUUUGCAUAUACGGCAGAAGAUGAGGAUAGGAUAUGCCAUAUAAUGCAAAAAGAACUAAUAAAUAGAAAGAAAAUGCGCGCCUAUGUAAAAUUUACAAAUGAGAAACCAGCCAAUGUAGAAGCUAGGAAAAACAAGUAUAAAAAGCCUGAUCCAGAAGAUGAUCCAGCAUGUGUCAAUCCUAUUGUUCUGGUUCUAAGACAAAAGAAGCUAAACAUUGAAGAACGUAGAGCUAAGGAAAAUAAAGAACAAAGAAAGAGAGGGGAAGCAGCUGGGAAUGCAGUACGUCGCAAAAAGAGGAGAAGACGUUAAAUUUCCUUUAGUUCAUUUCUAUAUUAAAAUAUGUAUUGGUGUAUUUUUAUUUUGUAAAAUAUAUUUAUAAAUGUUCUGAUGC